AUGAUAGACAGCCCAAUGGUUUUGUUAAGACAGUUGGGACAGCUUGUGGUUACGCUCACUAAACGUUUGGCUUAUAAAAACAGCAGUUAGUUGAACGCAAGACAAGUAGUUGGGAAAAAUGCUGCUGUUGCCCUUACUCUGCACGCUCUGCUUGUGUACUAUGGCGCUGGAGUCCACGCCAGAUUCGUUGCAGCCACGUUAUACGCUGCUUGCUGAUAGCAAACGCAAGGAUCAAUUACAGGACAAGGACUCCACAGAACUUAGCCAGAACGCACUGCAGCCUUGGCGUCGUUAUGGCCAUCAGCCAACAGCUUGGACUGCAUCCACGCCUGGUGCUUUGCUAAGUCCAGGUCUGCUGCUUUUGGGUGUCAAUCUAGGCGCCUUGCUGUAUAUGCUGUUGGGACUCUUGGGUCUAGCGCCGUCACAACGUCCAGGCGCCUGGUCUGCUGCCGACUUUUAUCGCAACGAUAGGCAAGAGUCUUUGUCGACUGGCAAGGAAACGGAUAUGUAUUUCUAGCUUCACUGCUUACACAAUAAAUAUAUAUAUAUUAUGAGUUUAUAACUAGGGUUAGACAAAAGCGCACAAAAAUAGUUAAAUUAUAAAA